AUGGCAGAGUGCAAACACAACUUCGACGACGACGAUUCCCAGGUCUCCGCGGAGGAGCUCGAGCAGGCUUUGUGUGUUCUGGCUGGAAGCGACCCAGACAACUGCUCCUAUUCCGGGGGUUACGUGAAGAGACAGGCAGUUUUUGCCUGCAACACAUGUAAUCCCAGCGCCGCAGAGCCUGCUGGGGUUUGUCUGGCCUGUGCCAAUAAAUGCCACGAUGGACAUGAUAUCUUUGAACUGUAUACUAAGAGGAAUUUCCGCUGUGAUUGUGGAAACGGAAAAUUUGGUGAUUUUCAGUGCCAGCUGACACCUGCCAAAGAUGAAGAAAACAUUAGAAAUCGCUACAAUCACAACUUCAAAGGCUGCUACUGCACAUGUGACCGCCCAUACCCAGACACGGACGAGCAGGAUGAAGAUGAGAUGAUUCAGUGCGUCGUCUGUGAGGACUGGUUUCACAGCAGGCACUUGGGCUGCACUGUAGUUGAACCCGAGGAGCUGCAGGAGAUGGUGUGCGAAGCCUGCAUGAACAAAGCUCCUUUCUUGUGGACCUACGCUGCUCACUUUGCAGUACCACCCGUGAUCGCCGUUAGUCAUCCCGAGGAGGAUGAGGAUGUAGAGGUCGAUGGUGAAGAGGAGAAAAGCGAGCAACAACAAAGUACAAAGGGGGAGUCGACUUCCAGUGAUUCACAUAAGUUUGAGGAUGCCCAAACCAGGAGUUCUUCUUGUAAACGAACCUACAACGAAAUGACGGCCAGCCCUCUGCAGGCCCCGACCCAGACCGGGGAGUGCAGGCUGAGGGGGCUGCAGGCACGGGGCUUAGACCGGCUGAGACAGGGGGCCGUGUUCUGGCCCUACAGUUGGCGCUCUGAGCUCUGCACCUGCACCAGUUGCAAGAAAGCGUAUGUGGCCGCAGAUGUGCAGUUUCUGAUGGAUCAGUCGGACACCAUUCUGGCCUACGAGCAGAAAGGACUGGCCGAGCCGUUCGGGCAGCACCCACUGAUGGCGCUGACGAGUUCAAUGGACCGCGUGCAGCAGCUGGAGGUCAUCUACGGUUUCAACGAGCUGACAACCUCCAUCAGUGCGUUCUUAGAGCGCUGCGCUGCGGAAGGAAAGACGGUCACAGUUGAAGCCGUACAUGAAUUGUUUGAGGAGCUGCAAGCCAGAAAGAAACGCCGAAAAAACGCAGGACAC